UCUGCCCUAACUUAUCACUGUUAUUUCCUCCUUGAACAGUGCCCCACAUCUAGAGGCAACAAAUGCCCAACAGCAGCUCCCUCACCCAGUUCCUCCUCCUGGCAUUUGCAGACAGGAGGGAGCUGCAGCUCCUGCACUUCUGGCUCUUCCUGGCCAUCUCCCUGGCUGCCCUCCUGGCCAACGGCCUCAUCCUCAGCGCCGUAGCCUGUGACCACCACCUGCACACCCCCAGGUACUUCUUCCUGCUCAACCUCUCCCUCACAGACCUGGGCUGCAUCUGCACCACUGUCCCCAAAGCCAUGCACAAUUCCCUCUGGGACACCACAACCAUCUCCUACAUGGGAUGUGCUGCACAGCUCUUUUUCUUUGCCUUCUUCAUCUCAGCAGAAUUUCCCCUCCUCACCAUCAUGUGCUACGACCGCUACGUUGCCAUCUGCAAACCCCUGCACUACGGGACCCUCCUGGGCAGCAGAGCUUGUGCCCACAUGGCAGCAGCUGCCUGGGCUGCUGGGUUUCUCAAUGCUCUGCUGCACACAGCCAAUACAUUUUCCUUGCCCCUGUGCCAGGGCAAUGCCCUGGGCCAGUUCUUCUGUGAAAUCCCACACAUCCUCAAGCUCUCCUGCUCACACUCAGGCUACCUCAGGAAAAUUUGGCUCAUGGUAGUUAGUGCUCUUCUGUUUUUGAUGUGCUUUGUUUUCAUUGUUUUCUCCUAUGUGCAGAUCUUCAGGGCUGUGCUGAGGAUCCCCUCUCAGCAGGGACGGCACAAAGCCUUUUCCACGUGUCUCCCUCACCUGGCCGUGGUCUCCCUGUUCUUUAGCACUGGCGCCUUUGCCUACCUGAAGCCCCCCUCCAUCUCCUCCCCAUCCCUGGAUCUGGUGGUGUCAGUUCUGUACUCGGUGGUGCCUCCAGCACUGAACCCCCUCAUCUACAGCCUGAGGAGCCAGGAGCUCAAGGAUGCCCUGAGGAAAAUGAUGAGUCAAUCAAGAGCAGCCCCCAAAGCCAUGUCCCAGCUCUGGAACAAGGCAGGGCCCCUCUGA